CCGGCGGAGAGAGUCGACAAUAUAUCUUUUGGAGAGAAGAGGUGAUGGAUUUGAAGGUGGCGCUUGUGGUGGUGUUAUGGUUGUCAAUGGGAGCGAGAGGCGGAGACGUGACUUACGAUGGAAGGGCUCUGAUGAUAAACGGAACACGAAGGUUGCUCUUCUCCGGUUCCAUUCAUUACCCUCGAAGCACGCCAGAGAAAUGGCCGUAUCUGAUUGCCAAGGCCAAGGAGGGAGGGCUCGAUGUGAUACAAACUUACGUGUUCUGGAACGUGCAUGAGCCUAUUCAAGGACAGUACGACUUUCGAGGAAGAUUCAACCUGGUGAGAUUCAUCAAACAAGUUCAAGCUGGAGGCCUGUAUGUGAGCCUCAGAAUCGGUCCUUUCAUUCAGUCAGAGUGGAAGUAUGGAGGGCUUCCGUUCUGGCUGCAUGACGUUCCAGGCAUCGUCUUCCGCUCUGAUAAUGAAGCUUUCAAGUUCCACAUGCAAAAAUACGUGACGAAGAUCGUCGACAUGAUGAAGUCUGAGAGGUUGUUUGCUUCCCAAGGUGGCCCGAUCAUAAUUACUCAGAUCGAGAAUGAAUACGAGAAUGUGGAGGCUGCAUUCGCCGAGAGAGGGCCUUCCUACGUUCGGUGGGCAGCAUCGAUGGCUGUAGGCCUUGGUACCGGUGUUCCCUGGAUGAUGUGCAAGCAGAGUGACGCUCCUGAUCCUGUCAUCAAUACCUGUAAUGGGAUGAAAUGUGGGGAAACCUUUUUGGGGCCUAAUUCACCGAAAAAGCCAUCACUGUGGACAGAAAAUUGGACUCAGAGAUAUCAAGUUUACGGAGAAGAUCCGCGACCAAGGUCUGCUGAAGAUAUUGCCUUUGCUGUCGCCUUAUUUAUAGCGAAAAAGAAUGGAAGUUUUGUGAAUUACUACAUGUAUCAUGGGGGUACAAACUUUGGAAAGUCUGCCUCAUCAUAUGUUACAACAAGUUAUUAUGAUCAAGCUCCUCUUGAUGAAUAUGGCUUAAUCUGGCUGCCUACAUGGGGUCAUCUCAGGGAAUUACAUGCUGUCAUCAAGUUAUGCCAGGAGGCGUUACUUUGGGGAAGGUAUACUUAUUAUUCACUUGCCAAGCUACAGGAGGCACAUCUCUUUCGAACAAAUUCAGGAAAAUGUGCUGCUUUUCUCGUAAAUUACGAUAAAUCUCUGGUUGCAAAUCUGCAUUUUCUUGAUGCCAUCUAUGAAUUACCAGCCAAAUCCAUUAGUAUCUUACCAGAUUGCAAGAAGACAGUCUUCAAUACUGCCAAGGUGAGCGCUCGAUAUGGUGAAAGAACAGCAGAGCCCGUUCAGUAUCUCAAUCGAAGUCAGCAGUGGGAAGCAUCUGCAGAAGAGUCUAACAUCGCCGGCAAGGCUUCACUCGUAGCGAAAGGGCUAUUGGAACAAAUGUCGACAACAAAAGACGUGACAGACUAUCUCUGGUACACCACAAGCUAUAACCAUUCACAACAAGAUGGUCAGAUUACUCUUCAUGUCGACUCUCUUGCACAUGUUCUACAUGUCUUUGUAAAUGAUGAGUUACUUGGUACUGUGCAUGGAAAAAAUCAUGGAGAGCUACCUGUUUUCGAUAAACCCAUUCCAGUCAAGGGAGGGCAGAACAAUAUCUCUUUGCUCAGUGUUAUGGUUGGACUACCGGACUCAGGAGCAUAUCUUGAGAAGCGUUUUGCUGGAAUCCAACAUGCAAGAAUCCAAGGGACUGGAAAUUUAUCUCGAGAUCUCACACAUGAGCUAUGGCGUUACCAGGUUGGUUUACGGGGAGAGAAGGUGCUAAUCUACACCGAGGAAGGAUCAAAGCAAGCAGUCUGGAAUCCUGUUGUGAGCUUCGCAAAUAAACCCCUGAUAUGGUACAAGACAAGGUUUGAUGCUCCACGGGGUACCGAUCCUGUGGCACUUAACCUUGCGAACAUGGGGAAAGGAGAGGUGUGGAUCAACGGAGAAAGCAUCGGCCGCUACUGGGCGUCCUUUAAAGCUCCAAGUGGAAAGCCAUCUCAGUCUCUGUAUCAUGUUCCUCGCUCCUUUCUGAAUCCAUCAAACAACCUCCUUGUUCUCUUCGAGGAAAUGGGAGGCGACCCUCGCUCUAUCACGGUGGACACCAUCUCGGUUGCUCGUGUCUGUGGUCAUGUUGCUGAAUCAUAUUACCCGUCAGUGUUCUCCGAAAGCAAACACCCAUACGUUCGACUUGGAUGUCAACGAGGGAGAAGCAUCUCAUCCAUAGGGUUUGCCAGCUUUGGAACUCCUGUGGGGAACUGUAAAAGCCAUGCUAUGGGCGGUUGCCACUCUGUUGCUUCCAGAGCUGUUGCAGAGAAGGCUUGUCUGGGUAAGGAGAAAUGCUCGAUUCCUGUGACCACGAGCAGAUUUAGAGGCGAUCCAUGCCCGGGCAUCACGAAGUCUCUCCUGGUUGUUGCCGAAUGCAGUUGAUUCGAUUUGGUGCAUUUACAGGAAAAGUCCAACUUUCCAUUAGACUAACCUCAUGAGGAUGAUUAAAUGGAGGAACACACGAUUCUUUUGGAACGUCUAUCAUCUCAUGUGUUUGGCAUGAGACUUGCAUGACCACACAACAAUAUGAUCGUUUAAUUCCUUAAGAAGAUGAGACUGAUUCUGACUCACCUUUGUCUCUCUCACCCAAUAUCUUCUCUCAGGAUUAAGGAGAUCGUUGGAAACGGUGUUCCUUACGCUCUCUGUUAGCUUCGAAAUCUGAUGGCGAUGGUCUCUGUAGGUAUCAGGUUACUGGAAUGAUUCGAUUCCAGAGAAUUGCGUACAUUUCAGGCUAAUGUCAGAUGCUCCUACUUGGAUGCAGACUAUUGAUAACU